AGGCUAUGUGCUUGGUGGGGAGAUUUAGCUGCUUGUCUUUUUGUAACUUGAUACAAGUCAUGUGUUAAGUCCUUGUGUGUUCAGCUGAAAAGUCACUUGCCCUUAUUCAAGCAGCUUCUCUCAGGAAGAUAAGUGAGUCUGUUGGGACCAAGAAGUGAGAAGAACCCAUCCAGCCAUCCAGUAGGGAUACUUUUACAUUCUCUGCCUACACCCUGACAAAGGAGAGGAAUGGCUUGUAACAGAAACUGUGGGCUCCUCAGUGGGGCCAUCAUCGGUGCUGUGCUGGCUAUCUUUGGAGGAAUUCUGAUACCAGUUGGAGACCACAUUAUAGGCAAAGCUAUAGAAAAGGAUGCUGUCAUUGUAAAUGGUACCACUGCUUAUGAAAACUGGAUUGUGCCAGGAAGUGCAGUUUACAGGCAGAUUUGGAUUUUCAAUGUGCAAAAUCCUUCAGAGGUAUUAGAGAGAGGAGCACGUCCAAAGCUUGAACAAAGAGGACCUUACACAUACGAGGUGAGAUACUUACCCAAAGAAAAUAUCACGGAAAACUCUGAUGGCACAAUAUCCUACAUGCUGCCUAACGCUGCUCGUUUUAUACCAGACAUGUCUGUUGGGACAGAGAAUGAUACCUUCACGUGCCUCAACCUUGCUGUUGUUGCUGCACCUGCCUUGUAUACAAACACUUUUAUACAGUUACUAUUAAACACUUGGAUUAAAUCUUCUAAGUCAUCAAUGCUGCAGAACAGAACAGUGAAAGAGCUACUGUGGGGAUACAAAGAUCCUUUCUUAAACAAAAUCCCCUUCCCCGUGGACCCAGUUCUAGGAGUCUUCUACCCGUAUAAUGGGACAUCCGAUGGACUUUACAAAGUCUAUACUGGGACAGAAGAUAUUACAAAAACAGCAAUAAUUGAAAGCUAUAAAAACAAAAGGAAUCUUUCAUUCUGGGAAGGUUACUGCGAUUUGGUUAAUGGCACAGACGGGUCAUCAUUCCCACCAUUUGUUAAGAAGAAUCAGGUACUGCGCUUCUUCUCCUCUGAUAUUUGCAGAUCAAUCUACGGAGUUUUCCAUAGCAAGCAGAAAGAGAAGGGAAUCCCACUGUAUCGUUUCAUCGUUCCUCGUGAAGCGUUUGCUGCACCUGUUGAAGUUGAAGACAAUUAUUGUUUCUGUACAGAAAAAGUCUUAUCACAGAACUGCACACUAGGUGGACUUCUAGACAUUAGUGCCUGCAAAGGAGGAAGACCAGUAUACAUCUCUCUUCCACAUUUUCUUCAUGCAAGUGAAUCUGUAUUGCAUGAAGUUGAAGGCUUGAACCCAGAUGAGGAGGAGCAUGAGACAUAUCUAGAUAUAGAGCCUACCACUGGCUUUACGCUACGAUUUGCAAAAAGGCUGCAAGUAAACCUCCUUGUGAAGCCUGCACCAAAAAUAGAAGCUUUAUCAAAAGUUAACAAAUCUUAUGUCUUUCCUAUUCUUUGGCUAAAUGAGACUGCUGUUAUUGGUGAUGAGAAAGCAGAAAUGUUCAGAAAAAAAGUCACUGGUCCAAUCUACUUUCUGAAUGUGCUGCAGCUGUCAUUACUGAUCGCAGGUUCUGUGCUGUUCCUGGCAUUCAUGGGUUCCUACUUUGCAUGCAGAUCAAAAAAAUUAAAAUAGGUAACGAAAGUCUUCAGAAGUACUCAAUGUUCAAUUGAAAUUUCAGCCAAGUAGCAUGUUAAAAUUCAGAGACAAAAGGUAUGGUCCAAGGCACAGCCAGUCCACAUGCUGUGGAAUUCAACGUGCUUUUCCAUUUUGAGAAGACCAGCUAACUAACCCAAACAGGCUGAUGUUUCCAAAGUUCAUGUUUUUGACAUCACUAAACAGGCCACCAUGGAAACUAUGCUAUCAAAUAUCUCUGAUUAUUUGAACCUUGUUACAAAUUUUAAAUGACAUUCAAGCAGACCAGAGCUGAAGUGCAGUUGGAUUUUAGUCUACCUUCUGCCAUUUAUGCAAUUUGCUACUUUUUUUUUUUCUUUUGGGAUUUGCAAGACAAAAGAAAGCUGUUUGCUGAUGUUCUGUCUCUGAGCACAGCCUGGGAAUGACAACACCUUUGAACUCGUGCUGUGCUCUAGAUUCUUUCAUUGAAAUGUUUAUGUUCUGUCAAGGAAUGGAAGCUGCUGUAAUAGACCUGCUCUCUGUCCUCUAUUCAGGGAUGUGAAUUGCAUCGAAUGUGAAGUUUAUUAUGUUAAGUUACUAACUGUAAUACACAAAGUUAAUAAAAAACUUACUAAAAUAUGUGGUCUAUACAUUUUAAGUGGAGCUGGCUCAUAGAUAGCCACAGUCAUUCAUAUGUUAGUGGAGCUCAUGAACAUUUGGCUGCACAUCUGUUUAGUAAUCUGAACAACUCCUUAACUCCCAACCUGCUCCAUUGCUCUUGCUUCCUCUAUGCUUUUCCUCCUGGCUCUUGCUUGAACACCAGCUUCUACUCUCCGCUAACACCACUUUGCCCAAGGCCUCCCUUAAAGGUCAAAAGAAGAUAUUCCAGAAUGUUCUAGACACAGGAAAGACUGAUAGUGAUUUUGGUCAAACAUCAGAGCGUUCUGCUUCCUUGCUAUAGAACAACAUAAAUGAAAACAGAUAGCCCCAAUUCCUUGCUUAUGUUUGUAAUUGAACCAUCUGCCACAAGGAAAUUUGUGCAACCAUUUGCUUAAUGCGGUGCACCAGCCUCAUUAGAGCAGGUAGCAAACACUACCAUCUGCAUGGAUGGUUUGCUUUUUUCAUUCAAUCUGAAUGCCAUAUUUUAGAGAUGAGUGUUAAUGGGGCACAUAUUGAGUAUUGUGGGGUCUAUUGUUUUCUCAUAGACUCACUAAAUUCAGAAUGAGAGGCUAAUUUCAGUACUUUCUAAGAUUUUUUUCCCCUCAGAUAUUCUGUUCCCUUAAGUAAGAGCUGCAAAGAAAAAGGAAAAUUAAUCAUAGCCUGGUGUUUGAAAAUAAUGAUACAAUGGACUUAAAAACCAAAGAUGUUUAUCUUGGUAGUAAAGGACUGUAAAGGACUGUCUUUUGGCUGAGAAUCUUUAGUAAGGUGGUUUUACCCUUUGGAAAUAAAAGGGAAAACCCAAUAGACUAAAAUACUAUCAAUAAAGCUAAUAAAUCACAGUAAUCCCCAAAGAUUAUUCUUGAAGGCAAGGUCUAUGUGGUACCUAGCUGCACGCUCUUUUUCCAGCCACGAGCUGGAAAUGCAGAGUUACAGAGCAGAUAUAAAGAACACAUGAGACUCAGCAGAAGCUCUGCUCACCUAGACAGCCUGUGCAUUUGAUUACUCAUGGUGCUUGCUAGUCAAUAAAAAACAAGCCCUUUUUGUCAUCUCCACAUUAUUGCUUGGUUCCCAUACUAGUCUGGGGACAGUCUGACACAACUGAAGCUAUCCCUAGAAUCUUAUGGUUCAAGAUCUGACCCAAAGUUUUUACUCUAGAACUAAUCUUUUAUGCCAAAAUCUGUCAUAGAAAUCUUUUCAUGAAAGGUAACAGCAAUGCUUCUGUUGUUUUUGAUACACAAGCAUUUCAUCUUUGUCUUCUUUGGCCACUGACUACAAGUUAGUAUUUGCUUUGCUAGUGUUGUCUAGUGCAAUGUGGUGCUCCAGCAGGAGCAAUUCAGCAAAUUAGGCCAUGAUUUUAACUGUCUCAGGGCCCAGUUUUGCAUUCACACGAAUGGUUUGUUCAUCUGUGUACUCUCAUUGAUCUCAAUGCAGGUUUGGACUUUGACACUGUGUUCAGUACCUAGAGUACACUUGAAUUAAAAUUAGUGAUUAUUUUGUCCAAAGCAUCAGUGUACAGUUCUUAAUUCAUGUUAAUAAGGCUAAUGUUCAAUAUUUACAUUUGUUCAAAAAAUGCAGGAUAAACAUUUAUUAGGAACGUUAAUGAACUCAAUACAAAUAAAAUAGAGCUCAAGCUCUUCUUUCUGUCUAAUUGUAAAUAAAGUCUUCUGU